AAUAAAUACAUGAACAAGAGAAUGAUAUUUUUGGAUAAUAUCACCCCAUCACUUAUUCAACUUCUCUUAAUCACUCGAUCUGAAGUUAUUAAAACGUCAGGUAAGAGGAGUGAAUUAUGAAGCCUUUCAUCUUGUUUUUUAAACCUGGAAAUGUUACAUGAGUGGACCUGGCAUGGGGAGAAGGGAGGAAGGAUGAGUGUCAGGGAGGAAGGGAGGGAGAGGAUGAGAGCAUGGAUGAAAGGGAGGAAGAGUGUCAGGGAGGGAGGACGAGAGGAAGGAAGAAAAAAAUGUGGGGGAGUUGAAGAUGAAGGAGGGGAAAGGAAGAGAAGGUGGGAUAUACUACGAGGAGAGAGAGGGGACGGGAGAAUGGGGAGGAGAAGAUGGUGGGAGGUUACGAGGGUGGAAAGGAGGAGGAGGAGGAGGAGCAGGAAGGCAAAGGAGGAGGAGAGGAAUAAGAAGAGGAGAUGUGAGUCAAAGGAACUGAAGGUGUCACGCUGUCAACACUUCCACCUCGCUCCUCCUCAACCUCCCACAUUUCCUUCUCUCCUCCUGCCUGACUUUAUCAACACACACAGAGAUCACAACACACCCGCAACACUUCGCCAUGGCAGUAAGAUUGAAGGACACAAAUGCAAAGCCAUACCUGCCGACUGGACGGUGCCUGAGAGUGGCUCUGACAACAUGGCCGCCUUACGUGGACGGAGUAAAUCCAAACUACACAGGCUGGUGCAUAGAGAUGUUUGACGUGAUUCUGGAGGAGUUGAACAUAUGCCACGAGUACCUGGAGCCCCCGGAUGGUCUAUGGGGGGCACAGUUCCCCAAUGGCUCCUGGUUCGGCAUGAUGGGGAUGCUACACAGAAGGGAAGUGGAUGUGGCGAUCGGUCCGUUCGGCGUGACCCUGGCAAGAGUGGCCGUGGCGGAUUUCAGCGUCCCCAUCACGGCCACGGACCACGCCGUGCUGUACCGCCGACCCCAGAUUGAACCCGACCUGCUGGGCUUCACCAAACCCUUCACGCUGGUGGUGUGGGCAGGUGUGCUGGCGAGUCUACUGUUGGUGACAUCUGCUGCUUUGGGUCUGCUCGGUCUCUCCCCCACUCCCCAAAGAAGCGAAUACAAGGAUACAGAUGGAUUUUACCGCGGCUCCCCUCCCUCCGCCUCCUCCCUCUCUUCCUCCUCCUCUUCCUCCUCGAUGUGGAAUUGGUUGUGGGGCUACCGAGCACUACUGGGUCAGGAGGUGAAGAGCCUGCGUGGCGGUGAGGGCGCGAGGGUGCUGGCGGGGCUGUGGCUGCUCGUCUCCUUCAUCAUGGCCAUCGUGUACCGCUCCAACCUCAAGGCAAUGCUCAUCGUGCCCAAGGUGCGUGUGCCCUUCGACUCUCUGGAGGAGCUGGUCAGCCAAAGAGACGUGCCGUGGACCAUGGCUUUCGGCUCCAUCGUGCAGAGCUUCUUUGAGUCUGCCUACGAGGAGGACCCCGAAUCUACCAUGGGCCGAGGCUGGCGUGGGCGAUCACCUCUCCUUCGUAAUGCUAAAAAUAUAAUUCCUACGGUCAUGGGCGGAAUGGCAGGCCUCUACACGCGUCACUCUUCCACCUACUUCAUGGGCAAGGACUUUUCUGAGCAUGGGUACUGUCGCCUGGCACUGACUCGCGGGGGCUACAUGGCAGUACAGCACAGCAUGGGCUUCCCCCUCGGCUCCCCCCUCAAGCACGUAAUGGAUGACAUGGUGUACAGAAUGAUGGAAUUUGGUUUGGUGUCGAAGUUCAUUGCUAAGGAGAUGGCCAACACCUCCUACUGCCUCCUGCCCCCGGGAAGAGAAGGCCACAUCGAGCUCAGACCACUGGCUAUCGGGGACUUUCUGGGGGUCUUCACCCUCUAUGGAGCAGGUGUGUUGGGUAGCCUGGGAAUCUUCGCGGCGGAGCUGAUGAGACGCUAACACCACCACCACCACCACCGCUUGACAGAACUCGAUCAGAAUAUUCACCACAACCACCACCACUUGACAAGACUCGACUGGAAUACACACCACCACCA